UGGCGAAUAUCAACUGCAACUUAUGUCUACAUAACACCUCCGAGAUUCGCGGUUUCUCGAGGAACACCGAGCAGAUUCUCGCUGGUCAUUGAGCAUCAUGCGUCGACUGCAAUAGCCGUGAAUCUUUCAGCUGUUUGUGCAGGGUCCAUGGAGUAAUUGCUAUUCCUGCUCCGUGCUUGAACUAUUGCAAGCAGAGCCCUUGACACCCUUAGUCUCGUAACUGACAUCAACUGAUCAGCCAUACGAAGAUUGCUACCAAAGUAGCCUUCCAUGUCGCUCAACCGUACGGCUUCGGCCGCGCUGCCGUUUCUGAUAGGAAUUCUCGCAGGCGCUGCGCUGCUGACACUGCAGCAGGUUAUGACAGGAGGGAAUUUUACGUUCCCUAUCGUCUCGUCGUCUCUCUUCGCGUUCUCGAAUUCAGCCAACCGAUCAGUCUCGCAACACGUGGAUAAGCCUGAUUGGCUGACUUCUGCUGCUUCGAUCGGCGCUGCUCAUGAGGAGAUUCGUUAUAACACGGACGCAGGACCUGUGGAAAGCAAGCUGAACGUGCAUCUGGUAGCGCAUUCACAUAAUGACCUGGGAUGGACGAGAACUAUCGACAAGUACUACGUUACGGCAGUACAGUACAUUAUCGAGACUGUCGUUGACCAGCUUGAGGCUAAUCCUGAUCGGAAGUUUAUUCAGGUGGAACAGGCAUUCUUCUAUCGCUGGUGGCAGCAACAGUCAGAGAACAUGCGGAACAGAGUGCGUGCUCUGGUUGCUUCUGGUCAACUCGAGUUCGUUAACGGGGGGUGGGUAAUGCAUGACGAGGCCACCACGCACUACACCGACAUGAUCCACCAGAUGUCGCUGGGGCUGCGCUUUCUCCGCUCCGAGUUCAAUGUCACGCCGCGCAUCGCAUGGCAGAUCGACUCGUUUGGCCACUCGGCAACGCAAGCCAGUCUCAUCACUGCUCAGGCUGGAUUUGACGGGGUAUUUUUCUCCCGGGCGGAUUAUCAAGAUGUGGCCAAUCGGCAGCAAGAAAAGAAGGAAGAGUUUGUGUGGCGUGCAUCGAAAACAUUGGGAGAAUCGGCCCAGGUUUUUGGUGGUCACCUGUAUUGGAUGUAUGAUCCCCCCCCUGGGCUUGAUUUCGAGGAUAGUGCAGCACCGCCAUUCAUUCAGGAUGAUCCGCUUUCAGGAGAAGUCAACGUCCAGAAGCUUGUUGACCUGUUCGUGCAGCGUGCUUGGGAACAGGCCAAGGUGACUCGGUCCAACCACGUGAUGUUCACCAUGGGGAAGGACUUCGCCUACACCAAUGCCAUCCUCUGGUUCAAGAACAUGGACAAGCUCAUUCACUACGUCAACCUGGAUGGCAGGGUCAACGCGCUGUACUCCACGCCCUCCAUCUAUGUGGACGCCAAGCAGCACGCUGACGAGACCUGGCCCCUCAAGACUGGCGACUUCUUCCCCUAUGCUGACUCACCGCAUUCCUACUGGACGGGCUUCUACUCCUCCCGCCCAGCCUUCAAGCGCUACGUGCGGGUCUGCAGCGCUCUGCUGCUGGCUGCCAGCAUGCUGGAAGCAGCAGUGGGGCGAGAGGCUCUUCAGGCAUGGGGGGGUGACACUGACGGCAUGGACUUGGUGGGCUCUGGCGUGGGCAGAAUGAUGGUCCCAGAUUUCCGUGCCUUGGAUUCGAGUGGUGGACCUGGAGAUAGAGAGGGUGGGAACACAGGCAGUGAUAGUAAUGGUGGUGCUGCUGGUGUCGGGACUGCUGCUGCUGGUUCUGGUGGUGGUGUUGGUGCUGGUGGUGCUGGUGGGGCUGGUGGUGGUGCUGGGAAUGGUGGUGGUGCCGGGGGGCGUGAUUCUCGGGCGGCGUCAACAGCAUCGCUGGGGGAGGCAGUAGCCGUGGCACAGCACCACGACGCCAUCACAGGCACGGCUCAGCAGCACGUGAAUGACGACUACACGCUCAGACUGCACAGAGCGGCACAGGAGGCCUCAACUGUUCUAACCAGUGCACUGGCCUACCUUAUUCUUCACCCCCCUCCUCCUCCACCUCUCUCCCCUCCUCCCACCACCACCAACUCCACUGCACCUGGGCCCACACGAGCUGCGUCUGGUGCUAAUCCUGCUAAUACACCUGCUGCAGCUGCUACCCAUCCUGCUGCUGCUGCUGCUGCUGCUGCUGCUGCUGCUACUGCUGCUGGUGGUGGUGCUGUUCCUCAUUCACCUGCUACAGCUGGCGCUGAUACUGCUGGUGGUGCUGCUUCUAACGAGGAUGCAGCAGCAGCAGCUGCUGCUGCUGCAAAGGCUGCUGCAGGGGGUGGUGAUGUUUCUUCAGCCACCAGCACAACACCGCAUCGCGCGCCUCUCGAAAUUCAACACACUGUGAUGGAGGGUGUGUCACAUGGAAGGCAGGGCACAUUGCAAGGAACGCAGGGUGAAGGGCCGCAUAUGAACCCAUACGGACCUGGGCGCUCUCACAAGAGCAUGCACUGGAGAGGCCGUGACUUGCUGGUCAAGGCUGGGGAGCAGCUUGGAGGAACAGAGAGGGCGGAGGGAGUGGAGGAAGGGAUGGGCAACAGGAGGCGGUUGCAGGAGAGGCCCAAACUGCUGCUCCAGACGUGCCCUCUUCUCAACAUCUCCUUCUGCCCUCCGUCUCAGUCUGGCCUUGCACCCAGCAAAACCCUUGUGGUGGUUGCUUUCAAUCCUCUUGCCUCAGCGCGCACUGAAAUCGUCCGCAUUCCAGUCUCCACCCCCUCUGUCGUCGUCACAGACUCCACCCACCAGCCCAUCCCAUCUCAGCUCAUCCCGGACCUCCUCCCCCGUCCAGCCGUCCGCUCUUUCUACACAGCCGCGCAUGCAGGGGUGCGUGUGACUCCCCUGGAGCAGCAGCAGGGGGCGAUGUCGGUUGUGUUCCGUGCCGAGGUGCCUCCUCUCGGGUACUCCACCUUCUUCCUCACUGCAGCGCGACCAGGAGCUGCGGGGGUUGCAACAAGCAGCAGUGACUGGAGCCUGGGACUCAAGCAGCAGAGAGGACGGAAUACAAGGAGCAAGAAAGGGAAGGGGAAGAGCAAGAAGGGGAAGAAGAAGGCACAGAAGGACGAGUACGAAGAGGAGGGAGGGGAGGAAGGAUAUGAGGAGGAGGGGCAAGAGGAAGCGGUGGAGGAGGAGACACAGAGUGAAGGGGAGGAAGAAGGGGAAGAGGAGGGAGGGGAGGAGGUGGAGAUAGGCGAUGGUGUGGGUCUGGGGGAUGAGAUAGUUUUUGGAAAGGUGGUGGGUGGUCGGCCGGCAUCGCGGGUCUUUUUCUCCAAAACUUCUCGUGGCAUGACCCGUGCUGAACUUAUCAAGCCCAAUGGAAAGGCAUUUGCUACUUUGGCUGCAGCUAACCUCAGCAGCGACAUGCUCUUCUACUCAUCUGCAGAGUCUGGAGCGUACAUUUUCAAGCCCACUGCAGACGGCGCCCUGCCGUUCCGCACCCAGCAGAGAGUGCCCAUACGGGUGCUGCGAGGACCAAUUGUGGAGGAGUUCCACCGCCAAGUGGCUCCGGAAAUUACCGAGGUGUACCGGGUGUAUCCAGGGGAGAACUAUGCAGAGCUAGGGUACUCCAUAGGGCCGCUCUCAGAGGACGGCUAUCUGGGUAAAGAGGUCGUGGCUGCCUUUUCCUCUUCCAUUCAGAACGGAGGGGUCUUCCAUACAGACUCCAAUGGCCGUGACUACCUCAAACGAGUUCGUGAUUCUCGCCCUGACUGGACCCUUUCCGUCACAGAGCCCAUCGCUGGGAACUUCUACCCUGUGACAGUGGGGGCGUUCAUAGGCGAUGGGGCGGCGCAGCUGUCUCUGCUGGUGGACCGAGCAGCCGGUGCUGCCAGCCUGGCGGAUGGCCAGCUGGAAGUCAUGCUGCACCGUCGUUUGGAUACAGUAGACAACAAGGGAGUCGGAGAGCCGCUAAACGAGGAUGUCUGUGUGGAGGAUAAGUGCUACCACCUCGUAGUGGUGGGGUCUCUCCGCUUCACAGUGUUCCCGGACUCACGGGCACCGCCAGGCACACCGCCGCAGAAGGCAUCAGGCGGGGCCGCAGCAGGGGCGUUCUGGCGCAGAGACCACAGCCAGCGGCUGCUCUCUCCUCUGCAACUUGCCUUCGCUGUCGAGUCUACUGAGGAUCUGGCAGCGGCAGAAGCAGAAGCCGCAGAAGCAGAAGCAGAAGCAGCAGCAGCCGCUGCUGCUAGCACCGCUCCGGACCCUUCUGCAGCAUCUGUUGAUGCUGAUUCUGCCAGCGCAGCACCAAAGGGGUUUCUGUGGCGUCACUCCCUCUUCCAAAGCGCUCAGCAGGAGGUAGUCAGGGCAGGGACACGUGGCAGCGCCAGAGGGAGGGCUGCAGCACCCCCCGAUGUUUACCAGUUGCCUCGAAGCGUGGCGAUUACAACGCUUGAGGAGGUAUCACCAGGAGGCAUUCUCCUGCGACUGGCACACCUCUAUGAGGCUGAGGAGCACCCAGUAUUCUCUCGCCUUGCCACAGUGAAUCUCAGACUCCUCUUUGCAGGUCAAGAGAUUUUGAAGGUGACCGAACUGAGUCUCAUGGCCAACCGAGAACGUGCGAGCUUGCGACCACCUUUAACAUGGGAGCUUGAUGACAGCGAUGGAAGUGAAGGUCCGGAGGUGAUAAUGGGCCAGGCAAUAGAUAACUCCACUCUUGUGGUGGAACUUGGGCCGAUGGAAAUUAGGACAUUAUUUCUCCAACUCACUACUUGAAGCUAGUUAGUUGUCUGCUUUGAUGUUUCUGACAUGUAUAUGCAGGUUUGUAUGCCUGACGGGGUCGGCCCUCUCGAGUAUAUUGCAAGG